AUGAAACUGAAACUACGAACGCCCACGCUCAACAAGGUGGUUGAGCUCGACAACGACGCCACCGUGGAGGACCUGGCCGCCAUGGUGCUGUCGCUAGGAGUGGUGGAUUUUGCCAUCAAGGGCGGGUUUCCGCCGAAGCCCAUCGAUCUGUCGCAGGGAAGCAAGAGCCUGGCGUCGGCGGGGAUCCGGAACGGCGACCAGCUCAUUGUGUCGACGUCCGGUGGCGAAAUCACCAAGGGCAACGACAUUGUCUCUGCCAACCGGGGACACAAAGAUCCGGUGAUGGGUGGGUUCAACAAGGGCUCCGGGACAAGCUCCGGCUCGGGUGGCUCAGGACCUUCCGAUCUGGUCACAGCCCCCUGUGGCACCCGUAAACUCGUGCUUCGAGUCAUGGAAGACGACAACUCGUGCAUGUUCCGAGCAGUGGGAUACAACAUGAUGAAGGACGCAGACACAAUGUUCGAGCUGCGGAUGAUGGUCAAGGACAAGAUUGCGUCGGACCCGGAAACAUAUUCCGACGCAAUUCUGGGCCGCCCCCGCGCAGAGUACAUGAGCUGGAUCACCAGGCAGGACUCGUGGGGAGGAGCCAUCGAGCUGCAGAUUCUGGCGGAGAACCUGGGUCUGACCAUCAUUUCGGCCGACGUGUCGACAGGCCGACUGGACCACUUCAACCCCGGCAAGCCCACGUUCUGCAUCGUCGUCUACUCGGGCAUCCAUUACGAUAGUGUGGCGCUGGCGGAGGUAUCCGACCUGUACACCAAUUCGUCCGACGUGACGGUGUUCAGUCAGGACGCCCAGGGAGCGGCGGUACUCGAGUCGCUCAAGGUGCUCAUGGCGGAAUUGAAGAAGAAACAUUAUUAUACCGACACUGCUAGUUUUGCUGUCAAGUGCAAUGAUUGUGGAUCGACGUUUACCGGAGAAAAGGGGGCGUUGGAGCAUGCCAAGAAGACGGGUCAUACCAAUUUUGGCGAGAAGUGA